AGAAAUUGAACAGAAAUUAACGGCCUUUUCAUCAUCGGUGGCAGAAAACAUAACAAAACAAACAAAAAGACAGACAAAGAGAUCCAACCAAAACUUAAGCCAGCCGAAGUGAAGCAUCACAGCUUUAGUGGUGGUGGGCAUGCAGACACCAAGCGGCACGGCUAACUAUCUGCACUAGCCAAGCCAUUGGCAACGACGAUUGAGUUUUGACCAGAAAUGGGGUUUGCAACAACCGAAGAACUGAUUGAAAUAUCAGUUCAAACAAAGAUGCUGACCGGUAAUGAAGAUAAACGCGCAAUAAUUCUGUUUUAACAGCCCCACACACGCUCGUCUACGAAACGCUUAAAGUUUGAAACUUCUUGAAAGAAUCGAAACAAAUAAUGCUAUGAACUGCGAAGAAGAAAAUGAAAUAAAAGGUGUAAAGCAAAAUUAACAGAGUUUUAUUUUUAAUGUGUUACGGUCAGAAAGUGGAGCAGAGCUGAUAGCCAUUUUGCAAACCUGAACGUGCAAGCCAAGUGAAGAAAAUUGAAGAGCAACAACAAGAUAACAACAGUAAUAAGAGAGAAAAAAAAAACAUAAUAAUAAUUUUUAAUGAUUAGCAAGUGUGCGAUUCGCCUCUUCUCGAAACUCGAAUUAGAACAAGAAACGAAAAAUUGAAAAUGUUCCAACAAUAUUCACUGCUGGUCACAUACGCAUGCAUUUCCAUUGUUGGUGUGGUCAGCAUACAGGUGCCACUGCCUUUUUCCCAUCUACCAGCAUCAGCAGAACAGCAGCCGGAAUCAACAUCGGUAAAACCAUCAACACUGCUCUUGCCACCAGGUUUUGAUUCGCAAAAUCCUCCGCUUCAACCAAUGCUGUACCCAUUUGUGGUUCCCACCACGGCCAAAGUGACACUUCCAACACGCAAGCCCAUAGGACCCUUUAUUACGCCUGGUUGGAUACCGAUAUCAGCCAGUAGUAACAACAUUCCUCCUCUACAUCAAAGUUCUUCAACAAGUUCCACAACGCCCUCAGCACCCACCACAAGGACAACACCAACAACACCGUCCAGUAGUACAACAUCACCAGCCUAUUCUGGUCCUGUUUUGGAAGAUCGCAUUUCAAAAUACGUUUUGACUAGCAAUGAAAAUGGUCCUGUAUUCGAGUCAAUCGUUUAUGGCACUUGGAAGCCAGAUCCGCCUUUGCAACCGGUUGCGGCGUUAAACACAACAACAACAACAACGACAAAUACAAAAAUACAGAUGACCAACAAUGGCAAUCACAAUGACAAUAUCAUUGGCAUCUUCGAGAAUGCAGCUGCGGCAUUGGCUGCUGCUGAUCCUGCUGGAAAAGUUUCCAACAAAACCAUCAAUAGACAGCAUGGUGGCUUCAUUGACAACAAACAACCGAAACCCAUAAAAUUUGAGAAUGAUUCAUUUGAAAAGUCGCUAUCGUCUUCUUUGAAACAAAAGCCUUCCAAAGAAUCCACAGAGAAUGUAGAACAAAAGCUUAGAUCUUCUACCAAAAAUCUUAAAAAACAAGGUCGUCAAAAGAUACGCACCAAUUUGUCAAGCUCAACGGCAACACCGUCAUCUACAACAAUGGCCACAACAACGUCGACAUUUCCAGCCAACCAUCAAUUUUCCUCGGAGAACACAGAACAAAGUGUGACAAUCCCAAUCGAUGGUAAAAAAGUCGACGGAAAUGUGCCACCAGUGGAGGUGGUUAGACAGAUUAAUGACACCAUAGAAAUAAAGUACAAUCAUAAACAAAGCUCGAGGCAUUCCAUUGAGGUGACACCAGAUGAGCAGUACAAUAAGCAUCGGCAGCAGCAGCAACAGCAGCAUCAUCAUAAUCAUCGUCCUACCCAUGAUGAUGAAGAUGCAAGUAAUGAUGAUGAUGAUGAGGGUGUUGGAAAAAAUGGAGAUUAUGAUGACAUAGAGGUGGAGACAAGACAAGCACCCACAGCGAACUCUGCACCUCAGUUACAGGAGGAUGAAGAUAUCAGUGUAAUACGCAUGAAUUGGCCAACGGAUUUUAUGGAUACACCCCUGUCUUCGGUUAUAUCAACGGAACGGUCACCAGAAGAGAAUGACUCGGAUCUUACGGUGGAACAAAGCACCGAGAGUCAUUCCGCAGAAUUACCCUUAACAUUGACUGCAUUAAAUAUACCACCCUCUUUGUGGCCCAAAUUGCCGGGCAAUAUAACAAAGUUGGGUUCCCCCUAUGCAACCGAGAACUCCCUCGAGGAACCAGCGAUUUGUGUACCCAUAACUGUGCGGGAGUUCAAUAUGAUGAACUCCAAUGAGGUUGUCAACAUUGAAAGGGUCUUUUGCUUUCCCAUGCCCAGCGGCAUAAACCUGGGUAAGGAGAUGUACAUUGCAAGACCUGUCACCAGAAGCACCACCACCACCACCACCACCACUACCACACGAAGCAGCAGCAUAAACCGGCAACACUACAGCAACAGUGCCAAUCCAGUGAUUCGAGCCAGUGUUCAAAAUUAUGAAGAAUAUUUCGAUUCACAUUCGGCGAAUUCAUCAACAAAUCUACAAAGUCAAUUAAAUUUAUGUUGUUAUUGUAUUUUAGUUUUAUUUUUAAGAUUAUUUAUUAUUACUAUUAUUAAAUGUGAAUAGCAGUUAUUCCCCUCAUCCACACCAUUUCGAAACUGUAUUUAUUUAUUGAUUUUGGAAAGCUCAUUUUCAUUGUAUAUUUAAAACUCAGGUUAAAAACAAAAACAAAACAACACACAGUUA